GGCAGGGAGAGUGAGCCCUGGUGUUAAACAAGAGCCUUGCCCUCUCCGGGCUGGAAGUGCUUUGGAGAGAGACACCGGCACCGCUGGACCUGCCUCCCCAACCAUUCUCAUCAGGAUCCCUCCCCCGGACGUGUCUCCCCGGACGCUUCCAUCAGAAUCUGUCCCCUGGAUGCUUCUCCCUGGCUGGUUCCUUUAGGCUCCGUCUCUCACAUGCGAGAUCUGUCUCCAUUGUGGUUCCAUCGGGAUCCGCCUCUCAGACACGUCUCUCUGGUUCCGCCAGGAUCCCUCUCCCAGACACAUCUUCCUGGCUGGUUCCUUUAGGGUCCGUCUCUCAGACGCAUCCCUGGCUGGUCCCAUCAGGAUCCAUCUCCCAGAGCCAGAUCCUUCAGAGGGAACUAUCUGGAUCUCAUAUUCACACACCUCCCAUAAGGAUUUGUUUUCUGGACUCGUGGCCCCAGCUGAUCCCACAAAGAACUGUCUUCUGGCCUUGUCCCUCCACUACGACCUUCCUUGCCUUGGUGUCUCCAGCCGAUCCCCACACAGAAUUAUUUCUGGGCUUCUCGCUCUGCUCCAACGUACUCACGUCCCCACUGAGAUCCCUGCUUCGCUCCCGUUGGCAUCCUCCUCCUCCAGCAAUGGCUUCUGCAGGGCUGGAGCUCUUGGCCAUGGGGCUAUGCAUCUUUGGCUGGCUGGGCUCCAUCAUCUCCUGCGCCCUGCCCAUGUGGAAGGUGACGGCCUUCAUCGGCAACAACAUUGUGGUGGCGCAGAUCAUCUGGGAGGGGCUGUGGAUGAACUGCAUCGUGCAGAGCACGGGCCAGAUGCAGUGUAAGGUCUAUGACUCUAUGCUGGCGCUGCCCCAGGACCUGCAGGCCGCCCGCGCCCUCAUGGUCAUCUCGGUGCUGCUGGCCGUGCUGGCCUUGCUGGUGAGCGUGGUGGGCGCCAAGUGCACCAACUGCGUGGAGGACGAAGGGACCAAGGCGCGGAUCAUGAUCGUCUCUGGCGCCAUCUUCAUGGUCGCCGGCAUCCUCUGCCUCAUCCCCGUGUGCUGGUCAGCCAACACCAUCAUCCGGGACUUCUACAACCCACUGGUGUCCGAAGCCUUGAAGCGGGAGCUGGGGGCGGCACUAUAUGUGGGGUGGGCAGCCGCUGCCCUGCUGGUUCUGGGGGGGGCUCUGCUUUGCUGCUCCUGCCCACCCCGCUCCGAGAGGUACCCACCCCGGGUUGGGUACAUGGCAGCUGCCAGGUCUGGGGUAGGCAGCGGGGUGGACAAGAGGGACUAUGUGUGAGGGGAGUGGAGGAGGGGAUAGAUGGAUGGAUGAGUAUGUGGGUGAACAGAUGAAUGAGUGAAGAGUGAGGGAAUGAAUGAGGGAGUGAAUGGAUGAAGGUGUGAAGAGGUGAAUGAGGGAGUGAAUGGAUGAAUGAGGGAAUCAGCUAAUGGCUGAGGGAAUGAAUAAACUAUGAAGGAGAGCGAGAAUGCGUGAAUGUGGGAGGAGAUGAAUGAAUGAGGGAAUGAAGAAACAAAUGGACUAGUGGAUGGAUGAACAAAUAGAUCACGAGUGGAGGAAAAACCAGUGAACAGAAGCAAGGCUGAAGGAACGAGUGACUGAGGGAACGAAGAAAGGUGCAAACAAAUGAACAAGCAGACAAAUGAGUGAAAGGAGGAGCAAGGAAGAGAGCGAAUGGACACGGGAACAAGCGAGUGAAUGAGACAAUGGACAAAUGAAGAAGUGAGGGAAGGAAGGAACGAAAUGAAAUAAAUA